GCCGUUACUCCCGAGCCCCGCGUCUCCACUGAGCCCAGGAGUGGUCCUGAUCUCUUCGGGACACAGCAUCAGCUCGUCCAGAACUUGCAAGUUCUCCAAGACAACGCAAUCGAGGAUUAUCACCCUCUCAUAAACCAUCCUUCACAACCAUCUCCUCCAUAAGGAGGAUGGACGUGCUCCUGACCAGCCUCCUGCUGUGUCUUGUCGGCGGAAGCCACCAUCUGAACGAGGUUGCAGGCUAUGGUUUGGAGGUAAAGUAUCAGGAAUUUGUGGUGACUGCAACAGAGGGAAGGGCGGUGGAACUCCCCUGCAGCUUCUGGUUCCCCAGCUGGCAAGGACCCGUUGCACGAGUCAUGUGGACGAGAGAUGGCACUGAUGUCACAGCAGAUAAGCUCGUCUACAGCUCCACGUCAACAGAGGUGGCUAAGAGCUACAGAGGUCGAACCUCCCUCAGCGACAAACUCAGCAACAGGAUCUGCACUCUCAAGAUCAACAACGUCCGAGUUUCAGAUGUCGCCACCUACUUCUUCACAUUUGAGAUGAACACCCAGGAGUUCACUGGGACACCAGGAGUUCAGCUUCGUGUAAAAUGUGCUAGGUUAAAUGACGCCACUGUGAGCUACGGACCCUCGGCGGAGGUGAAGGUGCAGGAGGGAGGCCGUGCGCUGCUGCCCUGCGCCUUUUGCAUUCGCAGUCACUCCAGCGUUGGGGGCUUCUGGCUCGUUUACGAUCGCUAUGACGAGACAACGACCGGAAACAUCGUCUACAGCUCAAUUUACCGUGACAGCCUCAUAGAUCGGUACAAGGGGAGAGUCGCGUUGGUGGGGAGUCUGAGUUCGGGGAACUGCUCCCUGGAGAUCAGAGACGCGAUGAGGGGAGACUCCAGGACAUAUUUCUUCCGCGCCAACAUCGAUGGAAAAAAGUUCAGUGGCACAGCAGGAAUUAAAGUUACAGUCGUUGCCAGGUCAUUAACUCCCAAAACUGAAGGAAGCAAGAGAAUCAGGGAGAACGUGGGGACAGGAGCCAAUCUCAAGUGCACAACCACGAGAUCGCAGCAAGCGGACAACUUUAAGUGGUGGAAGUACAGAUCAGAUGGCCGGUAUGAGAGGUUGUCUGAGACGAGAAGCGACCUGACCUUCGAAGCUGUGGCUGUCAAAGACGUGGGCUGGUACGAAUGCGAAGCGUGGAGCUCCUCAGCAAACAGCGAAAGUUCAUGGACGGAGCUGCAAGUUUUAUCCUUCCUACCGGCCUCGCCGGGGCUGCGUGCCGCCGUGCCGGCCACCCUGGUCUGCAGCGUGCACACCGUGUCGCGUUUGGACUCCGUCACCAUCCGCUGGGUCCUAGACGACGAUGUCAAGUGGACAAACUCGACCUCCCAGGAUCCAUCUCCAAACGGGACGUUCAUCGUGACUAGCUGGCUCAGCUUCACCCCAUCACCCGAGGACGAUGGGAAGAGAUGGCGCUGUGAGGCCUCGGGAGGCGACGUGGCCUCAACGACGGUCCAGGAUUUUAUCCUGGACGUAAAGUACGCGCCGGUGAACACGACGGUUCAUUCUGCUCCUCGUCUCCCGAGGGUGGAGUCUGGUGACAACGUGACCUUGACGUGCGUCGCCCACGGUAACCCGAGCCUCACGUCGUUCAGCUGGAGCAGGGUACCACCCAGCGGCCGCCAGCUCCCUCACAACCCCACAGGAGGUAUCUUGAUCCUGAUGAACGUCACGGCGGAGGACUCGGGGCGCUACCUCUGCGAGGCGUCCAACAGCGAGGGCCCCGGAACCUCCGCUCACCUCGACCUGGACGUGCAGUAUGCACCGGUGGUGGUGAACGUGUCUCAGGAUGAGACGUGUGGGGGUGAAGGGGACGUGUGCCUCUUCUGUGAGGUGAAGGCCAAUCCUCGUGCCGCCAUCACUUGGUGGGCUUGGGGGAGCGACGUACCAGAAUGGACCCAGGAUGGGAAGGAAACCCUGACCUGGAGCUCCGUGGUCAUAAAGAAAUCACAGGAGAAGAAUGUGACCUGUGAGGCGGCAAACGUCAUCGGCGAGACUAAGGCCGUGUUUUACAUUCAAGAACUGGUGUCAGCAUCCUGGGCCAUGCACGUGGCCGCUGGUGUGGUGGUCACGCUGCUUCUGCUGCUCCUCUCUGCGCUCUGCUGGCGAGGACGAGGUGCUGUGCAGCACACGGCUCCCAGCACCGUUUCGCAAACGAUAACCGAGAACUUCCUCGGCAUGCAGUGUGCCGCGGGGCCAUGGGGGCUGCUCUCAAAUACAGGCGUCACACGCAGGCACUGGGGAUCAGACACGAGCAGUGUGACGCAGGUACUGGGGAUUGGUUAAGAUCUUCCUCUCCUUUACCCCAGUGGCGGCUAGCAAGCCUCUUCAGGA